GAUGUUUUAUUAGACCAAAGGUUCAUUGUUCGCCGGAGUUCUCCUUUAAAUUGAUCAAAAGUGAAUUCACAUCAUGACACAUGGACAGACCACACCAGUCUGCUGCGAUGUUUUAAUGACCCGGCCUGUUCUUUUCUUUAUCCUCUGCUUAACUGUACCCGUUACAUGGCCAAACCAGUUCUGGUCACUAUAUGUCCACUCAUGCACUCUGGUUAAUCUUUUACCGCUUUAAUUGAUAUGUCCACAAGGGUCUUUGUGUCCCCCUUUCUCACGCGCACACACUCUCAGGACACAUGCACACGUACAGAGAAAGAUUGUGGCAUCACAGUAAAUUUGAUUUGAAAGAGUGGCGUAAUCCGACAGUCAUGGAUCUGCUGUUUCUGAGUGUUGCAUUUGUGCUUUUACUUAGGACUCGCGUUUCUGGUAUCAUCAUUACUAAAGAUGCCCACGUAACAUGUCUGUUCUUGGAAGACUGCGUGCUACCCUGCAGUUUCAGGCCCACGGCAGCCGUGGUCAUCCACUGGUACAAGCAGCAAAUCCCCGUCCAUAGCUACUACUACAAUAAAGACCAGUACGGGCUCCAGAACAAGCAUUUCAGUGGUCGGACGAACCUGUUUAAUUCCCAGAUUACACAGGGAAAUGCCUCUCUGGUGCUGAGGAAAGUUAAAGUCCAGGAUCAAGGGAGGUAUAAGUGCUACACCAUCACCAGGAAGGGAAACCAGGAAACCUUUGUUAACCUAGGGGUGAAAGCUCUGAUCCAGUUUGUGAAGCUUGAGAUGGCUGAGGAAAGGGUCACAUGUCUGUCCCAGAACAUCUACCCAGCUCCUGAGGUCACCUGGGCCACUGAUCCCCCUAGUGACAUCAGAAGCCUCCAGAACUUCACUCGCAAAACCUCGGACUCCAAGGGCCUGUUCACGGUUGAGAGCGCCAUCAGUGUGAUGGGCAACAUCUCUGACCACACUUACUUCUGCUCUGUUGUCUCAGCGGAUGGAGCGCAGGUGUGGACCGCAUCACUGCACCAGCAAGCUAAGUUACUUGGUGAGGAGGGCUCUGGACUUAUGAUCCCCUGCAUGAUACCACAACCUCGCCACAAUUUUACCCUCACUUGGACCUUCAUCAGAACCACAGAAUCCUCCGUCAUCUUCACGUACGACAGCCGGACCCGUCGGAUCGCGAACCUGUGGGAAAGCAAAGCUGAACUCGACAUAGAUCAGGCUCAUUUAGGCAACGGGUCCCUUCAUCUGCCCAAUCCAGACAGCUUGGGACACAGCGGGACCUACAUCUGCACAUUCUACGGCCUCCAAAUGAGACAUCAAGUCCAAACCCAUGUCAAUGUUACAGUUCGCGUGACUGAUGAUGAUGAGUAUGACUGCAGGAGGUCAUGGUGGGGAACCGCUACGUCUGUCUUCAUAUUUCUCAUCACUGUAUCUGUAGCUCUGUCACGAUGUUUUAGACUGAGAGGUGAAAUUCCAGUACGUGGCCAUUCAGACAUCAAUAAACGGAUGAGAUGUACCGACAAAACCGAAAUCCCUCUAUUUGAAAGACAAAGACAAGAUGAACCCGGGCACAAUGGUUUGGAAUCAGUAGAGACCGAAAUUUGCAGAGCGCCAUGCAACACAACACCUUUUGAAGAAUCCAAACCAUUUAAACAAGAUCCCGACUGCCUUAAUAAUGACGUCCUGCCACAUCCACCAACAGUAAUAAAUACGUGCAUGAUUAUUAGUGAUUCCUCUACAUCUGACACACCUGUGGAAAGAGAUGAAUCCGGGCCGCAGUCACCUACAGGUGCGAUAAUAACUCUGCUCACUGCAUCUGAUAUGAAUACUGACACAUCUGAUAAUAGAGGAAAUGAACUUAAAUCUGAAUUGCACUCGGCAGAUGGAGUAGAGAUGGAAAGUACAAUGAUUCAGAGAUUUGCCACACCUGAGCUCUCAAGGAUUAAUGGCUUCAGGUGAUUGAUAUUCAUUUAAUGAUUUGAAAUGGUGCUAGCGGACACGGGUAUUUUUAUAACCGUGACUUUUUUUUUACGCGGUUCGGCCGUUCGUCCACACGGAAACACAGUAUCAGGGCACUGAAACCGAGCAUUUUUGAAAACCCCUGCCAGGGUGAGUAUUUUCUGAAACGCCGGUUGCAGUGUCGUCGUGUAGACAGGAGUUUUUGCACCGCUGACGGCUUCUGAUUGGCUAACGUGGCUUUACGGUUAGGUUUAUAUCGCCACCUGCUGGUGUUGCAUGCUCUUGACAGCGCUUGAUGUCUUUUUUUUAUUUUUUUUUAUGCUUUAUUGUGGACGGAGGUUUUUUUUUAAACGCAGGAGGGAAAAACUCCGGUUAUAAAAAUACCCGUGUCCGUGUGGACGUGGCCAUAAUCACUUCUGGAAUGCAUGACCUAUUGUAAAUAAUAAUAUGUAGUUAUUCUGAACUGCUACUGUAUUGUUGAAUAAUGUAGCAAAUAAAAAAUUGUUCAUCACACAAA